AGGCAGUCUGCAGCUUUCAGCAGAAAAUUACGACCUGUAAGAAGCGCUGUAUUAAAACUGAGUGCUUGUGAGGUCCAGCUGAUCAGAAGGAAGCGAGCAGCGCCUCCUGUGACAUUCUGCUUUUACUGUUGGGCGCCCUACGAUAGCCCCUGAUUCGCAUCUAUUUCUGAGGGAGCACCAGAGGGGCGCCACAGGUUUCCAAGAGCAAUCCAGCUGUCUGCGGGUCUCGCAUCCAGCUGUUUCCUUCAGCUUAUUGCUCAACAUCCGCACGCGCGCCGAAGUCUCUAAUCAAUCGCAGCAGCCAUGGCGUCUUCAACUCUCCUCCGCCCGCUUGCGCCAAUCCCAAUUUCGGCCCCAGUGGUUGCUUCAGCAAAAACUCCAGCCGGUCAGGAGGGGCGAUUGUCAGUGGGGAUGCCUGCACGCAGCUUCAAGAGCACGGGCGGAGCUGGCCGGAGCCAGUUCUUAGGUGGUGCUGUGCCAAUCAAGUCCUUCCAGAAGAAGGCCGUGAAGGGCGAGCAAAGGCCUCUCUCUGUGGAGGCCAACGUGUUCAAGCGCGCCAAGCGCAUGGUGCAAAGCUACACCACCGCCGUGAAAUCGUCCAUCGAGGACCCGGCCAAAUUGCUGGACGACAGCAUGCGCGACCUGGACAGGGAGCGGCAGAAGGUGCGGGAGACGGUCAAGCAGGUCCAGUUCUCCGUUACUCAGUUGGAGGGCCGCGGGCGGCAGGCCGCACUGCGCGCCCAGGAGUGGCACGACCGGGCCAAGAGCGCGCUCGAGAAGGGUCACGAAGACCUGGCUAGGGAGGCGCUGAGGAACCAGAAGGAAUACGAGGCGAGCGGCGCGUCGCUCCAGGCCCAGUGGAAGCAGCAGACGGCGCUGCUGACCAAGUUGGAGUCGAGCGCGGGGCUCCUCGAGGAGAAGAUCGAGGAGGCGCGCGCCAAGAGGACCGCGCUCGUCGCGCGCGCACAGACCGCGAGCGCCAACCGGCGCGUCCAGGAAAUCCUGGGGGGGAUCAGCACCGGCGGGGCAGUGGCCAAGUUUGAAGAGGUGAAGGAAAAGGUCAGCAAGCUUGAAGCCGAAGCGGAGGCCCUGGCAGAGGUUACUGGGGAGUCGCUGGAAGUACGUUUCCGUAACCUGGAGCGGUCAAACAUGGACCGUGAGCUAACCCAGUUGCGGGCGGAGGUUGGUACCACCCCCCGGAGGGACGAGGUCGCCGUUAAGGACCGGGUUAGCUUACCCGAUUUCCUUAACCUGAAGCGGCAGUCAGACGAAAAGCGGAGCAAGGCUGCGGACGUAGAGGUCAUCGACGCGGACGAACUAGAGCGCCGCUUUAACCAGCCGCCUGUGCUCGCGUCAGCAAAGACCGAGACCGACGUCAGCAGGCGGUCGGAGGAGAAGCCCUGGUGGGCCGGCCGCGAGGCCGGCCGCGACUGGUGGGGUGACGAGACUCAACCGAGCGACCCUCAGAGCGGCGGCUGGCCCAGCUGGGGUGACGUCAGCGGUGACGUCAGCAGGCGACGCGAGGGCGACGUGGUGCCCGCUUUCCCUUGGCAGCGGGUCGCCGCUUUGGCGAUGCAGCUGGCGUUUGGUUUUCUAGUAUUUGGGGCUGGUUUGGGGGGCCGCCCGGGGCCCAAUACGUACGGCCCAGGCCUGCCCGGGGGAAUGGUUCUGGGCGGUCCGUUUAUGGGACCGGGGAGGGUUAUCGUGAGGAGAGCGAGUCCGUUUGGCAGUCCGUUUGGGAGUCCGUUUGGCGGAAGUCCGUUCGAUCCGCUGGGCCAGCAGGUGCGCCCGUAUGGCGGCCGGAUGAUGCCAAGGCGCGGGGGAGUUGUAUAUAGGCGCAUCAUCAUCAACUGAUUGCGUGUUAGUAGGCGAGGGGCAUACAACUGUCAUCAGCUCGGAUUGGGGUGUACAUUGACAAUAAUUAGUACUCUUUUAUUACUCUUAUUAUUGCCCGCAUAGCAGUGAAUGGCAGCGAUAGCAGCUGUCCGUAUGAGAUACCACGAUAUAUAAGGCCCGUAGGGCAUCUGUAAAGACAUGAUACAUUGAAAACUGCAGGCAACAUACUAGGUUACCGAGCUGAGUUAGUUUAUAAACUAUAGUCUAUAGACUUCGAUGUUUUAACAAGAAUUUAGCACUGCGGUUUUAGCGCCUCUUGUUGUAUGAAAGUCAGGAAUUGAAACAGGCUUAAAUUUCCUUGAACGUCCCGGUUGAAUUCUAGUCGGAAGCUGCAUAUGCACGCAAUCGAUCGGGC